GAUGUUGCGGCGUGCUAUGCUGCUUUCCAAACUCGCAGAGGAAAAGGAGCUCGCUCUGGCAGCGCAGAGGGCAGCGGACCUAGCGGCAGUGGGGCCUAAGCAGUUUGUCAAGACAGAUGUGAAUCUCAAGCGUCCGGCAGCAGCGCCCCUGGAUGUACCACCUCGCUAUCGCCACGGAUUUGUCUGGUCCAACUCUGCUUCUCUCUGUGAAUCUCUGGCCGCUCUUUUAACCUUAUCUGCUCCUCCUUUGCCAUCUCCACCUUCUCAUCUCAUUGAUGACCCUGCACUCAUCUCUUCUCUUUCUGCAAUGCAAGGCUUUGUCAAGGUUGACACCCCAUUCAACGUUGAUCGCCUUGAAUCUCUUCUAUCCGAUCACCCCAAUCGUCCUUUUGUCGACUCAGUUAUCUGUGGCCUUCAUGAAGGUUUCUGGCCAUUUGAGGAUGGGGACUGGGAUAAGGAUGCUACCGAACCCUUGUCCAACUUUGCAUCUGAGGUUGAAGACCUUGAUGCCAUUCGAGCCUUUUGCGACAAAGAACUCGCUGCGGAGAGGUGGUCAGACCCACUACCAAUCACAGAUCUUCUUCUGGGGAUGAUGUCGUCGCCCAUGUUUGUGGCAUGGCAGAAGGAAAAACCCCAUGUCAUCACUGACCAUUCAGCUUCAGGUCUGAACAAUGGUAUCCCAAGAACCAAAGCAAAAGUGCACUAUGACGACAUGUGCACCUUUGGACAGAUCUUGUUUAAUGCUCGAUGUCAGCAUCGUGGGCAAAGACUUGUCGUGUGGAAGUCUGAUAUCGCCUCAGCUUUCUUGAACCUCCCUGCCCAUCCUUUAUGGCAACUCCAACAAAUAGUUGUGGUUGAUGGAAAGUUUUACGUUGUUCAGCGACUCGUUUUCGGAAACCGAGCCUCUCCGCGCAUUUUUUGCUCAUUGUCAGGGUUACUCUGCUGGAUUGCAGUUAAGAAGCUCAGCAUUGAAGGACUUCUCAUCUACAUGGACGACUUUUACAGUUGGGAUUUUGCCGACAACCUCAUCAAAUUUCGUGGUCGUCGCCGUCCCCGUCGGCAGGUUCUAUUGCUCACAUUCUGGGAAGCUAUCGGAUGCCCGUAUGAGGACAGGAAGCAAGAGGAUGGUGAUUGUCUAAAAAUCAUUGGUUUCUGGGUUGAUCCCAAUCGUGGUAGCAUCUCACUUCCCCCUGAUUCCGUUGACACCAUUGUGACGCACAUUACCUCCUUCCUCGCUCAUCCCAAAUGUUCGCCUAUUCUCCAUGAUUGGCAGCGGCUUGGUGGGCACCUGAAUUGGCUCUUUAAUGUGCUUCCAGUUCGCAAAGAGCUGACAUGGUUGGCAGGUGUCAUUCGCCAUGCUAUUGGUGUUCGCUUCAUGGAUAGUCUCAACUGGACGGACGACAAGGCUGACAUUGUUCUCUGGACGGAUGCAAGUCUCCGUCUUGCCUUGAGCUUUUACUAUAGUGGUAAUGGGUUUGUGUACCAACUCCGGCCACCUCCUCCUGGUACUGCCAUUGACAUCUUCUUCCUCGAGCUGAUCGCCAUUAUGUCAGCCAUCUUCCACGUUGCGUCUUUUAAAUCUCCACCAUGUCGCAUUCUUCUGUUUACCGACAGUUUGGAUGCGGUUGGACUGCUCAACUCGCUUGCGGCAUCUGAAGAUCAGCACAAUGCACCCCUCUUAGGUAUCGCAGAGGUUAUUCUGACCUCAGGUGUUGACCUUUGUGUCCGUCAUAUUCCUGGAAAGGAUAACAUUCGCGCUGAUAUGCUUUCACGUCUCCUCCUUGAGGACUUUCAUCGGCGUUUCCCUGCAGACCAUGUCCAGCUCUUUGACCCUCCAAGGGUCCUCCUGCCGGCGCGUUGGAGGGGGACCCUUUGGUUGCAAGCGUCUGCGAUUGAGAAGUCCACAUCCCAAGGUUAUGCGACUGGCGCGCGCGACUACCUUCGGUUUUGUAUAACACAUUCUCUUCCAAUUAAGCCAACACCUCAGACACUUUCCUGCUACAUGGCCUACACCUCUCAAUUCAUCGCCUCUGGCCUGAAAUACCUGUCCGGAGCUCGCCAUUUCCUCGCUGAUUUCUAUCCGGAGUUUGGUAGCAGUCAUUCUCACCCAAUUGUGCAGGCAACAAUCUGUGGCUCGAUGAAGACCCGAGCCGAUCCUAUCCGCUGCAAACUCCCAUUACGGCUUGAACAUCUUUCAGCCUUUCUCAAGAUAGCAAGAGACUCUAAGUCAUAUGACAAUCUACUCUUCAUCACCAUUCUUUCUUGCUGCUUUUAUGCUUGUCAUCGAAGCGGCGAACUCGUUCAGAAGAAUGACUCACGUCUCUUUGAUUUGCGUAAGAUAAUUCGUCGCUCCUCCCUCAUCUUUGUUGAUGGCCGUGCACAAUAUCGAUUGCCUUAUCAUAAGGCGGAUCAUUUCUACCGUGGAUCAGACAUCCUGCAUAGCUCGCAAGAUGUGGUGGAUCCGGUCUCCCUCCUCAAGGAAUACGUCAUCCUCCGCGACAGCAUUCAUGGGACCAAUGUUGCGCUUUUCUUGAAGGAAGACGGAAGCCAUCCUACACGCUCUUGGUUUGAUGCAAAGUUUUUUGCUGUUCUUGAUCGAACCUUUGGUGGUCACUCACCUCGAGCAGGGGGAGCAACCUUCUACGCUUCUCUUGGAGUGUCUGAGGAUGUCAUCCAAGCGAUUGGACGCUGGUCGUCAGCAGCCUGGAAAAUUUAUGUGCGCGAAAACCCAACUAUUCGGGCAGAACUUCAACUUGCAGCGCUGUGCCUUCGACACCUCUAUUCUCCUCACCCCUCGUG